CCAGGGGUGGGGGCGGUGUUGGAGUGCUCAGGGGACUCGGGUGGGGGCGGAAGCGGCCCCUUGGCCUGGGGGUCGAGCCGUCCUGCGACCUUAGCCAAGUCACCACUUCUUUCUGGGACGCAAUCUUCCUGCUGUCAAACAGAGGUUGGGUACCUCCCUUGGUUGACAGCCCUAUCGAGGACGCGGCUCCAGAGCGAGCCAGAGGGAGUGGGAUACAAAUUGCGGUGGCCGGCAUCUCUGGACCUUAAGCAUCUGUAUGAACUUUACUCCAAAGACUUAGUGCGAGUCAAGACUCAGAGACCAGACUACCAGGUCUGACCAGGGCAGUGACUUUGACCUCCAGACUGUUUUAAAUAUAGUAGGUAAGACAGAUACUGUUUUGCCAAAAUUCUUUGGCCAGCAUUUAAGUGAGAUGCAGCUAAACUGGAGACCUGAGCCUUUGUAGGUACUUGUGUCUUUUAUUUCAUUCACUGAGAAGUUCAAUGGUUAGUUACCCUUGCAAGAUAGAUACACAGAAAAAAUGUUCGCAAAACUAAAGAAGAAAAUUGCAGAAGAGACUGCUGUUGCUCAGAGGCCAGCAGGCUCGACUAGGAUCCCACGGUCUGUGAGCAAGGAGUCUGUGGCCUCUAUGGGAGCUGACUCAGGAGAUGACUUUGCUUCUGAUGGAAGCAGCUCCAGAGAAGAUCUCUCAUCCCAGCUUUUGAGAAGAAAUGAACAGAUACGGAAGUUAGAGGCCAGACUUUCUGACUAUGCUGAACAGGUCCGAAACUUGCAGAAGAUAAAAGAGAAGCUUGAAAUUGCAUUAGAAAAACACCAGGAUUCCUCCAUGCGGAAAUUCCAAGAGCAGAAUGAGACAUUCCAAGCCAACAGAGCCAAAAUGGCAGAAGGACUGGCUUUGGCAUUAGCCAGGAAGGACCAGGAAUGGUCAGAAAAGAUGGACCAGCUUGAAAAGGAUAAAAGGUUUCUGACAACUCAGCUACAGGAAAUGAAGAACCAGAGCCUGAGCCUUUUUCAAAAGAGAGAUGAAAUUGAUGAGUUAGAGGGGUUCCAGCAACAGGAAAUCAGCAAAGUAAAGCACAUGCUUCUAAAAAAAGAAGAAUGCUUGGGGAAAAUGGAGCAAGAGUUGGAGGCACGAACCAGAGAACUUAAUCGCACUCAGGAGGAGUUGAUGACUUCCAAUCAGAUGUCAUCUGGCUUAAACCAGCAGCUAGAAGAAUUGCAGAGACACUGCUCAACGCUGGAAGAACAGAGAGAUCGUGUGACAUCUUCAAAAGCAUGUGCAGAACAUAAGAUUGUAGUCCUGGAACAAAAGGAACAAGAGCUCCAAGCGUUCAUUCAGCAGCUUUCCAUUGACUUGCAAAAGGUCACUGAUGAAACUCAAGAGAAAGAAAAAAUUAUCGCACAUUUGCAAGAAAAGGUUAUAUCCUUGGAAAAGAGACUAGAACAGAAUUUAUCAGGAGAAGAUCAUAUACAAGAGCUCUUGAAAGAGAGAACAGUUGUGGAACAGAAUCUAGAAGACACUAGGCAGCAACUCUUGGCUGCCAGGAGCAGCCACACCAAGGCCAUUGACCUUCUGGAGACUCGGGUGAAGGAUCUAGAGCAAAGUUUACAGGCCACUGAGGAGCAGCUGAGCCAGAGCAGGGAUGCUGUGGCUGCCCAGGAAGCCCAGAUCCAGAAGCUUAUCACUACAAACCAAGAGAGCAGCCUUUCUCAACAGCAGGUUCUUGCCCUGGAGCAGCAUUGCAGGGAGCGCACCCAUGCACUGGAGGCCCAGAUUGAAGCUCUGGAACAAACACGGGUGGCCGACCAGAUAGCUUCAGAGCAGGGGAUGCAACAGCUGCAGCGGGAAAAUGUGGCCCUUAAAGAAAGCAAAAACGAAUGUGAACGUUCUUUACAACAUCACCAAUUUGAACUAAAGAAACUAAAGGAUGAAUGGAGCCAAAGAGAAAUUGUGAGUGUGGCUAUGGCUCAAGCCCUGGAGGAGGUGCGGAAACAGAGGGAAGAGUUCCAACAACAGGCUGCCCAGCUGACAGCCAUCAUAGAAGAGAAAAAUCGGAGCCUGUGUGAAAAGGACAAAGUGCUUCUCCAGAAGGAACAGGAACUUCGCCAGCUGGAGAAAGGUCACGAGUCUGCCCUGCUGCAGAUACACCAACUGCAGAGUGAAGUGGAGGCUUUAAGGAGCUACAGAGCCCAGGAGGCAGUGCAGACCGCAAGAGGAGAGGACCCCCUGCAACUGCAGGGCCAGGAGCCACUUGUCAUCACAAAAGCCAUGCAGGAUUCUGAGUAUGAGCUUCAGAUUGCAGAAGGAACUCCAAAUGGUGAGGUUGAGGCCAUGGAUCUAGAGCAGCUACAGAAAGAAAAGCAGGACUUAGAGCAGCAACUUACAGAGAAAAAUAAGAUUAUGAAGCAAAUGCAACAGAGGAUGCUGGAACUUAAGAAGACUCUGCAGAAGGAGCUGAAAAUCAGGCCUGACAGUGAGCUUUUUGAGGUCCGGGAGAAGACAGGUCCUGAGAUACCAAAUAUGGCCCCUUCUGUCACCAAUAAUGCUGACCUGACUGACGCCCGAGAGAUCAAUUUUGAAUACCUUAAACAUGUUGUUUUAAAAUUCAUGUCCUGUCGAGAAUCUGAGGCUUUUCAUCUCAUAAAAGCAGUGUCAGUGCUGUUAAACUUCUCACAAGAAGAAGAGAACAUGCUCAAAGAAACUCUGGAAUAUAAGAUGUCUUGGUUUGGAUCCAAACCAGCUCCCAAGGGCAGCAUCCGGCCAUCUAUCUCCAACCCUCGGAUACCAUGGUCCUAGAACCACCCAAGGAUGGAGCUACAUGGGCUGACACUCUUUCUGUGAAAAGAACACUGACACACCAGACUGGGUGGGUUUUUAAACGCUGUAACUGCAGUAUUUUGUACAAGUGUCUAGACACUGUUUACAAGCCUACCUGCCUGCAAGCUGAUAAGAACUUCAGAAGGGAGCCAACCCUAUCAUUCUGGUCACCAAACAAGAGGAAUCCUGAGCACUGACCAGAUCUUCACCGUGCUGCUAAUAUCCCAGCUCUGGCCAGCUGCAGUUGAGUCCUCUAUCAUUUAAUAUUAGCACUUAAAAUUGAAGUGACCGGCAUGUGAGGUAACAACUAAUUAUCAAACAGAGGUGACAUGACUAAAGGUGGAGCCAGUCCUUUCAUAAAAAGCCAACUCAAGGGUGGUCUUUGAAGUCCCCUUGCACUAGCAUGUCGGGGUUCUCAUGAAAGUAUCAUUUCACUUUGUUUCCCCAACCACCUGGAACUUGAGAUGUGUCCGUCUCAUAGGUAAUGGGGCCAGUGUGGACUGAUGAGUAUGCAACUUUCCAGUCCUGAGAAAACUAGCAAGCAGAUGGAAUGAUCUCUACAUACAGCACCAAAUACACUCAAUUGCCUUCUUAAUGAAUGUACUUGUCUUGGAUGGGUUGCUGGUAAACCAUUUUAAACUA